AUGAAGUACAUCCACUCAGAGGAGCUCCUGGAGGUGCCGGAGGGAGUCAAGAUCAGCAUCAAGUCCAGGCUGAUUACUGUUGAGGGCCCCCGAGGAAAGCUCACCAAGAGCCUUAACCACAUCGCCGUCACCUUCUCGCAACCCAGCAAGAACGUUAUCGGCAUCGAGAUUCACCACGGCAAGCGCAAGGAUGUCGCCACCCUCCGUACCGUCCGCACCCUGAUCAACAACUUGAUCAUUGGUGUCACCAGGGGCUACAAGUACAAGAUGCGUUACGUCUACGCCCAUUUCCCCAUCAACGUCAACGUUGAGAAGAACAACGAGACUGGCAACGCCGAGGUCGAGAUCCGAAACUUCAUCGGUGAGAAGCUCGUCCGCAGGGUCGCCAUGCAGCCCGGUGUUGAGGUCGAGAUCUCAAAGGCCCAGAAGGAUGAGCUCAUCCUGACCGGCAACUCUGUCGAGGCUGUCUCGCAAAGCGCCGCCGAUAUCCAGCAGAUCUGCAAAGUACGGAACAAGGAUAUCCGUAAGUUCUUGGAUGGUAUGUACGUCUCGGAGAAGGGCAACAUCGAGGAGAUUGCUGCAUAA